UUAGAGAGGGAAGAAAAAAAGAAAGAAAUAGAAAAAAAAAAUAGAUUAUAGAUAGAGAGAAGAGAAAGAGGGAGAGUUGCGGUUUGGUUAAUCAAUCGAUGAACAAAUUGCCUCCGAUUCAAAUUCUCUUUCUCUUUCUCUGAAAUUUUUGAUCGAGAAAGGUAAAAAAAGAAGUUAAUUCCAGUUCUUUUAGGGUUUUAAUUUUUGUUUUGUUUUGUUUGUUUGUUUCUCGGGAAAAAAAAACAAUGGUGAGGGAAUCGCCGAGAAAAUGUUCGCAUUGCGGAUUCAACGGACAUAAUUCGCGAACAUGUGGUAAUUUUUCGAAAGGGAAUAGUAAUAAUUAUUAUUAUUGUGUGAAGUUAUUUGGAGUUAAUUUAAUGGAAAAUAGAGAUGAAUCUAUGAGGAAGAGUUUGAGUAUGGGGAAUUUGAAUCUUCACUCAUGCAAUAAUGUUCUUGAUCUUAAUAACACCACCACCGUCAAUAACGUCACCGGUGAUAAUACCGCCGCCGCCGCCUCCACCGAUGACGCUGGGUAUCUCUCCGAUGGCCUUAUUCAUAAUAAGAGACGCAAAGCCGCUCAUGAGAGGAAGAAAGGAAAGCCAUGGAGUGAGGAAGAGCAUAGAACAUUUUUGAUAGGUUUGAAGAAGUUAGGAAAAGGGGAUUGGAGAGGAAUUUCAAAGAAUUUUGUGACAACAAGAACACCAACUCAAGUAGCAAGUCAUGCCCAAAAGUACUUUUUGAGGAAGAUGAAUGCAAAUGAUAAGAAGAAACGCAGAGCCAGUCUUUUUGACAUACCUGAAAUCAAAAAUAAUUUUUCUCGAGAUUGUCCGGCUUCUGGUGAACUUCCUUCUCAAAUUUUGCUACCCAAGAACAAUAGUCCAGACAAUCAAUCACAGGUGAAUAAUUUAGGAACACAACUUAUAAAUCGAUUCCCUCAUCUUUGUUUGGAUACUCCUCAUUUCAUUCCUCAACAAACUAAUGGAUCAUCUUCACCAUCAUCAAUUCCUUUUGUGGUGGGAGUUUCCCCCAACAAUAACAAUAACAAUAUUCCAUUGGUGAACAUUGGAAGAUCAAGAGUAAGUCCAAAUGCAGCAAUGGCUGCACAUCCAUCUGGGAUUCCUCAUUCCCCAAGAUCUUCACCAACAAGAACUUUAUUAAUGCAGCCAGGUGCUUCUGCCCUAGCCAUGGCUGCUGCUGCCUCUACUUUUGAUCAAUCCGCUGAUGCCCUAGAGCUCAAAAUUGGCCUCCCUCAAUCUCCACAGCCCAACAAUCUGUCUUCUCAAACUCCUGGUGCCAUUAGAGUUAUAUGAGCAAUAAAAUAAAAACAAAAUCUUAUUUAAAAAAGAAAAAAAAAAAGAGAGAGUUGUGGUAUGGUCAUAUUUUGUUUUCUAAGAAGGUUAAUUAAUUUAGAAGAAGUUUUAAAUUUGCCCUUUUUCUCAUAUCCUUUUUACCUCUAUGUAAAAGGGUAAUGAAAUUUUCUUCAUGAAUAACAAUCUUUCAAUAGACCUAUAUACAAUGGAUCUUUGCUUGGUGAUCUUUUUAUCGA